GCUCUGGCUGGUGCCAAACUAAGGAGAGUUCAACGGCCAGAAGAUGGUUCAGGAGGGUCUAGCCCCAGUGGGGUCUCUAAGAGCGAUGCCAAUCGAACAAGUAGCGGAGGAGGCGGAGGAGGACUAAUGGAAGAAAUGAAUAAAUUACUGGCAAAAAGGAGGAAAGCGGCGUCGCAGUCAGACAAGCCAGCUGACAGAAAGGAAGAGGAAAGCCAAAACGAUGAUGCUAGCACCUCUCCUUCACCCAGUACACGAGGUCCCGCCCAGCAGCAGCAAAAUUCAUCAGACUCUGGGAAGAAGCCAUGGGAAAGGAGCAAUUCUGUUGAAAAGCCUGUAUCUUCAUUACUUUCUAGAAAUCCAUCAGUGGUGAAGAGCUGUGAAGCUAAGAGCCCCACACAAUCCCACGUGUCUUCUAGGAUGAAGCCAGUGAGCAGCAGCAAUGAUGUGGCUAUGGAUGCCUUAGAUUUUGAUCGAAUGAAACAGGAAAUAUUGGAGGAAGUUGUAAGAGAGUUACACAAAGUGAAAGAGGAGAUAAUUGAUGCCAUACGGCAGGAGUUGAGUAGAAUCAGUACAACAUAAUGAUUGCAAAGCAUUUGGACGGUACUGAGAAUGCUUGGAAGAUACGAUCAUUUCUAAGUGUACCAAGGUCAUACAAGAUGGUGAGAGAGGACACCGGCACUGUCUUUGUUCUUAUACCCUUUUUAUUAGCAGACUCAGCACACUUUGAAGCUUGCUGCUGCCUUGGAUUUGCUUCAUUUUAAAAGUCUUAAUCUAAAGAAUAUUAAAUUUUAAAUUUCUGGAUUUUUUAGAUUUCAUCUGACACUGCACAUUGGAUUUGUCAGCCUUUUUUGUAUUUUGUAUUUGCUUAUUUAAAUGUAUUACCUUUCUUUUUAGUAGUAGAUAAGAACACACGUGAACCAUUUGCUUUUGAUAGAUGACUUCAAAGUAAUUUUACUAGUAGUCUGCAAUGUAAAUUAAGAUCCUUUGCCAACAGAAAUGUAUUGUGGCAUCACCAGAAAAAAGAGAGACAUGUUAGUUGUCAGCCAACAAGUUCUUUGUCUCAGAGUUAUCACAAUAUUAAAAAAAUGGUACGUCAGUGCAUCACAGUAUCUGUGUUCAUAUUGGUAAUAAACUGUUUAUUGUCCACAUGG